AUGGCAUCAGCAAGCGCACCCCGCGCGCCCCAGGAUGACAAGAUUGUCUCCAAGAAGGGUCUGUUCGACGACUCUUCAUCCAGCAGCGAAGACGACCAGGAGGAUGGCGGUGCUACUCUAGGUCCCUCGGCCGAGCUCAAGAUCAACGAGGAGUACGCCCGCAGAUUCGAACACAACAAGAAGCGGGAGGAACUACACAGGCUGCAGGAAAAGUACAAGCCGGGCGGCGAGGGGGAGCAGGAGUCCGAGUCAUCCUCCGACGAAAGCGAGGACGACGAGGCCGUGCUUGCGACCGAGGAUCUGGAUGCCGAGAUCUCGGCUACGCUGCAGGCGAUUAAGAACAAAGACCCCCGGAUUUACGACAAGGAGGCCGUUUUCUACCGGCCCUUCGACCCCGCCGCCGAACCGAAGACGAAGGCGGAGAAACCUAUGUUCCUGCGCGACUACCACCGUGAGCGGUAUUUGAGCGGCGAUGUUGGCGCUGACGAUGAUAGUGCUCCCGUCGCCGACGUCCCCCGGACCUACGUGCAGGAGCAAGACGAAAUGAAGAAGUCCAUCCUGUCUGAGAUCAAGGCCGCCGCAGCCGCCGCCGACGACGAAGAGGAAUGGAGCGAUGACGACGCUUUCAUCAAGCCCGUAAAGAAGGACGAUGCGCCCGCAGCGAACGGCAUCCACCCGUCGCGGGCAGCCAACAUCAACCUCACCGAGGUCGACGUCGCCAAUGCGGACAAGAACCCCGAGGACUACUUGUCCAAGUUCAUGGCAUCUAAGGCUUGGGCACCCGAGGGGUCUGGUUCGAAGUGGCAAGCAUUCGAAUCCGACGACGGAGAAGACGGAAACGACAUGGCUGACGAGUUCGAGCAUGCCUACAAUAUGCGAUUCGAGGACCCCACCAAGAGCAACGAGUUCUUGAAGACGUACUCGAGAAACAUGGCCGCCGCCCGCUCCGCGAGAAAGGAGGAGCUGACGGGCAGAAAGAAGCAGAGAGCCCUCGAGAAGGAGCGGAAGGAGGCCGAGAAGCAGGAGCGCGAGGCAGAACGAGCCCGCCUGCGACGCUUGAAGAUUGAGGAGGCCUCUGGCAAGCUCGCCAUGAUCAAGAAGGCUGCGGGUAUGAGCGGCAAGAACCUAACGGACGAGGAGUGGCUAAAGUUCCUGGAAGAUGCCUGGGAGGAUGACAAAUGGGAGGAGGAGAUGAAGAAACGGUUCAACGAGGACUACUACGCCGAGGCCGACGACAUGUCAGUUGACGAAGCGGAGGACGGCGACGAGGACGGGGCAAACAAGAAGAAAACGAAGAAGCCUAAAAAGCCGAAAUGGGACGAUGACAUCGCCAUCGACGACAUCAUCCCCGAUUUCGACGACGAAGCCAAGCCCGCCGUCGCCCUCUCAGACGAAGACGACGACGCCGCCGAACCACAACCCGAAGAACAAGCCUCCGAACCGGAGUCCGACGACGAGCGCCCCUCCAAAAAGCGCAAGACCACCAAAGACCUCAAGAACGAGCGCAUCGCCGCCAAGCGCCAGGCCCGCGCGGACCUCGCCAAGAUCGAAGCCCUGGUCGACACCAAGAUGGAGCUGGACAACCCGCGCGCCCUGCAGCAGCAGCAAGCGUCCAAAUCCUCCAAGGCGUCCUCCUCCUCCAAAUCCUCCGGCGGCGGCACCGGUUUCCGCUACCGCGAGACCUCCCCGCAGUCCUUCGGCCUCACGGCGCGCGACAUCCUGCUGGCGCCCAACGACGCCGCCCUCAACGAGUUCGCCGGCCUCAAGAAGCUGGCCACCUUCCGCGACGCCGAGAAGAAGCGCAAGGACAAGAAGCGCCUGGGCAAGAAGGCGCGCCUGCGCGAGUGGCGCCGCGAGACCUUCGGGCGCCAGUUCGAGCAGUCCGGGCCGACGUUUGGCUUUGAAAAGCUCGUUGGUGGUAGCGGUGGUGGUGGGGAGGAGCACAGGUCGCGCGGGAGUGGUGCGAAUGCUGUGUCGGCUGAAAAGAGGGGGGCGCAUGGGAAGAAGGAGAGGCCUGCUGCUGCUGCUGCUGCUGCUGAUGGGGAGAGGAAGAAGAAGAGGAAGAGGUCCAAGAAGGGGAAGAAGGCGGGUGUUGAGACGGAGGCGUAACGUAGGGUUCGUGUCUUCGAGCUGGGUACAUGGUAUGGUUUUACGGGCGUUGGGUGGUCUUUGUGUAUGGAAUUUGGCUGCGCGCUACCUAGUUAUAUCUAAGGAGUACUUUUAUCUGCUG